AUGGAUCAAACGGUGCGACUCUACGUGGGCAACCUGCCGUACGCAGCUCAGAGGGAGGACAUCGAAACCUUAUUCGCGAAGAACAAUGUCCCUUUGAAGAAGAUGGACAUGUCGAUUGACCCCUUCACGGGACGAAACCCAAGCUACUGCUUUGUCGAAUUGGAUCCUGCUGAUGCCGACCUCGCGAUGGAGGCUCUUCAAGGCCAAACGGUUCGGGGAAGGCCCGUCAAGGUCAAUCUCAACACUCAGAAGGGGCCACGAACCCACCGCCCUCUGACCGUAGAGUACGAGCACAGCCGCCGAACCCACAGAUUCCCUACAACCAACGCGACGAAUAACGAUUUUGCUUUCGACCGAUGGUCACGCCAAGAUGCAGAGUCGCACUGGACGGCCCCGUUUGAAGAACGUCGCCGACUUUUUGUGGGCGGUCUAUCCAGGAUUCCGAACCAGGACGUCGUCAACGCAGAAAUGCGCGGACUGUUCGAUGGGUAUGACGUUCAAGCGGUCAGCAAGCUCAUAUCUCCGCGAGAUAACGUUGUGCCCGAGGAAGGGUCACAGUACUACUGCUUUGUCGACGUGGGCAGUGCGGAAGAAGCUGAGAGCGCUGUUCCGGUGCUCAAUGGAAAGCCCACGCCAUAUGUUCAACAUGCUAGGCAAAAGAAGCCAACGAUAGUGCAACGAGAACAGUUGGGCGUCCCCAAGAAUCCCACCCCUGGCAACAGAGCUCGAGAUCUCGCAGGCAGCUGGAGGCGUGUUGAAUAG